AGACUCGGAGAACGCCAGCGCCUGACCCCAUUCUUGGCGCUUAGUUAGUCUCGAGCCGGCGCUAUGUUGGAGCACAUGCCAUUUCUGGCCACUUACUGGCCAUACAUAGUAACUUUUUUUGCUGCUAUUUUUGUCCCAGGACUUUGGCGAAAAAAUGACAACCAAGGAAGAAAUGACGGCGCCCCUAAGCAAUAUCAGACUCCAGAUCAAGUCGCUGAAAUAAAAGAAGAGGAAGAAUGGAUUGAAGAUCCACAUGACCUGACGAGCGCCCUCCCCGAAGACUUAGAGCACAUUCCACUCCAGUAUAAAAGACCUUCCGACGCUGAAAUGCUCAAGCGAUCCAAGGAGUACUAUGAGCAAAUGAACGCCAGGCGCACAAUUAGAUAUUUCAGUUCCGACCCCGUCCCGUUUGAAGUCAUCAAAAACAUUGUCAAAACUGCAGCAACUGGUCCCAGCGGCGCCCACACUGAACCGUGGACUUACGUGGUUGUGCAAGACCCUGACGUGAAAGCCAAGGUGCGGCAAAUCAUCGAAGAGGAGGAGGAGAUCAACUACAAAAAGCGAAUGGGUCAGCAGUGGACAACCGACCUGAAGCCUUUGAGGACCAACUGGAUCAAAGAGUACCUGACAGACGCGCCGUACCUGAUUCUUGUCUUCAAGCAAAUGUUCAGCUUGAAACCGGACGGCACCAAAAAGAUCCAUUACUACAACGAAAUCAGCGUUUCCAUUUCGUACGGAAUUUUCCUCACCGCCGUCCAGAACGCCGGUCUUUGCGGUUUGACAAGCACGCCUCUGAAUUGCGGCCCUGCUCUGAGAAAUCUCCUUGAGCGCCCACCAACUGAGAAGUUGAUGCUUCUUUGUCCCGUCGGCUUCCCUGCAAAGGACGCAACUGUUCCUGAUUUGGCCAGAAAGCCGGUUGAGGAUGUCAUGGUUUUAUUCUAGGCAUUAUUUCUCUUGCCUUCACUAACUCCUUGAUAUAUUUCACACCUAAACGGCUAUUUUAAUUAAUUAAUGUCUAUUUUAUUGAAUUUUGGUGAAAAUAAAAAUCUGAAUAAUAUAUUUUGCA